AUGGCCAGAAACCGCAGAAGCUCGAUGCUGAGCUUUACGGGCAAGAAUAGAAAGACCAGCAGUGGAUCGAUCCCCAAGGUUGAUGCCGCUGAGACCGCCAAAGAGAAAGCUGCAUUCCAUAUCAACACAAAGGCCGAUCCGACCAAAGCCAUCAAUGAAGCGCAGCCUGCGACCCGAAAUACCCUCGAGGCCACUACGAUUGAAUCCAUUCGAAGUCUUGAGCACCGCGAUGCAGAUGGGAACGUCAUCACUGAUCCCGACCUGUCAAAUCCGACACGACCCCGUAUGGAACGACCACUUGACACCAUUCGGUCCUUUGAGGCGGCUAUAGAUGGAUCAUACAAUCGGAGGGCCUCUUUCAGAGCUGAGUCGACGAACCCCAUGAGCCUUCAGAAUAAUCGUCGAAGUGGCUUUUUCUCAGGCUACCAAGCUCAGCAACAAAGAUCCCCAGCUGAUGGUGGAGGGUACUAUGGCAAUCGCAUGAGCCACAGCAGGCCUGACAGUAUCAUGGAUAAUUAUGGAAAUGCUCCAAACCAGCAUGGCAGUGGCCGUCGCUUCGGCCCUCGAAACCACUCAGAUCCAGCUUUGUAUGGACACAACAAUACCCAAGGCGUUUAUCCUUCGCAUGGACAUCAGCAAUCUUACGACACAGUAGCAUCAGCAUCCAAUGGAAGCCACGCAACUGAUCAGUGGGGCAAUUCCACUGACCCCAGCAGCGAGAAUAGCUCCAUUGAUAGAGUUCAGACAGCCCCCAAACCGGACCUUGGUGAAGCUUACGGCUUCAACGGAUUCGGAGGAGCGCCCCAGAUCCAAGGUCCGAUCUUGGAGGAGCAUGGGCACGGCGCUCCAGGGUACGGGCAUCCUGGAUAUGGUCAAUCCCAGGUUGCAGCUGGCAAUGGCCAUCCAUAUCAAGGCAACGGGGCUCCCGCCCCACCACCGCAUGCACCUCCCAAAGACGCUGGACCAAGGGUUCCUAUCAAGCUAGGGAGUUCUGCAGUGGGCAUGAGAUCUGCAGUGGGCAGCAGGUCACCACCGGCCGUUGACACAGACAAACGCAAGAGUUGGCUCAAGAGAAGAUUUAGCAAGGGUUAG